AUGGGUGUUGACACUUGCAUGGGUGGCCUCUCAGCAGAGUCUCCAGGUGCUCUUAGUCACAGGUCAGCUCCACACAAAAGGGGAGGAGCUACUUCCCAGAGGCUCUUUCCAGCAUCACAGUCCCACAUCCCAGCAACUGCCAGUGCUGCCCACUUGGUGACCAAAGAAGACCCUGGCGACUUCGAUGGCAUUGUGGCAGAUCUGACUGUUAGGAAAUGGUUUAUGCAGAUACUGUUUGUAUUGAAGGACAGCUCACUUUCUGUAGAAAAAUGGUUGUUUCAGCAAAAACAGGUUAUACCAGAAGCUCCUGAAAUACCCACUAUUGAUCAGGCAUAUUCAAAAAUCAGCAACAGUAUCACUGUGGAGUGGGCUACAGUGCCAGGAGCUACCAGUUACCUCCUCACAGCUGAAGAUGGGGACACUGUCAUUGAAACCAUUGUGGCCAGUUCCCCAGGAACUGUGAUGGGUCUGAAGGCUGCCACCCUAUACCAAAUCACUGUCAGAUCCAUCAGUGCCACUGGAAGAAGCCAAGCAUCACCUCCAAAGCAGGCAAAGACAGUUCUGGCUGCACCAAUUCUACAAGUAAGCUCUCCAAGCCCAAGCUCCAUUCUUGUGCAGUGGGAAGUUGUAUAUAUGGCAAUCGGAUUCUCUGUGUCCAUUAUGCGAGCCAAUGGCUUGGGUAGAAUAUGGAAAGAGAAUACCACAAACACCUCCUUGACAUUCACCAGUUUAGAGCCUGGGACUCUCUACACCAUAAAGGCCUAUGCGUGGAAUGCUAAUGGAACUCCUGGGGAUGACUCUACCCGCAGUCAGAGAACAAGUCCUUGUCCCCCUGACAACAUUCGAGUCUCUUUCAAUGGUGGGGCUCUCGAAGCAUCAGUUUCAUGGGCACCAGUAGAAGGAGCUUUCAACUACACCAUUCUGGCUUGGAGUGACUCUUCAGAGCUGAGCUGCAGUACAACUUUCAGUUCCUGCACUAUCUCCUCUCUGCAGUGUGGCAUGGAGUACCUGAUUUCUGUUUUAGCAAGUAAUGAUGCUGGAUCCAGCAAGUCAGCUUCAGGAGUGACUCUGAAAACUGUUGCUUGUGCACCUGCAAAAGUGACGAUCCAAGAAGACCCCCCUGGUCACCUGUCUGUGGCUUGGUCCAAUGUAGAUCUGGGUGACUACUAUGUUGCCUUUGUGAAGAGCGAUGACGGUCUGGAAGUACACUGCAACACAUCCCUCACUCAGUGCAGUUUCUUGUCUGAGUGUGGCUUCACUUACUUUAUUAGUGUGUUUGCCUACAACAAGGCAGGGCAGAGUCCCCUGGGUGAUGUAUUCAAUUAUACCACAGCUCCCUGUUGUCCUAGUGACAUUAACCCCGUGGUGGUGUCCAGUGACAGAGUAGAAAUUGUCUGGUCUCCAGUCCGUGGUGCUGAGCUUUACGAAACCAAGGCUGUAGAUGGGUUCAACGUGGUCCAGUGCAAUGACACUGCUCCUGCCUGCACACUCUCAGCUCUAGAAUGUGACACUAAGUAUAACAUCACAGUGUACUCCUUCAGUGAAGUCCGGGGCAGCAAUAUGUCAUGUACUUCCCGAUUUAUAACCACAGCUCCUUGCAGCCCUGAAAUUAAAAAUGUCUCAAAGGAUGCAUUCUCCAUGGUUAAUGUACACUGGCAGUCCAGUAAUGAUGACGCUACGUACACAGUGACUGCCCAGGGAGAGAGGGGGCUGUACCGAUGCAGAAGUACUGGAGAGUCCUGCACCAUGGGAGGCUUGCCCUGCGGGGCCUUGUUCUCUGUCAAUGCUGUGGCUGAAACUCAGGCGGGACGGAGCCUGCCCAGCUACAGCGUGCCCCUCGAAACAGUGCCAUGUUGUCCAACUGGUCUGACAGUAACACAGGUCACCCAAUCUGUAAUCAACGUGAGUUGGACUGUUGGUACUGGGACCCAGACCUAUGUCACAGUUCUGGACACGCACAUUGGACAAUCCAAGUGCCACACCCACCAAAACUACUGCCUCCUGGGAUGCAUCAUGUGUGGCGUCAAUUACACUGUGGCAUUAAAAGCAGUUAGUGCCAGUGGAUUGACCACUGACUGUGCCUACCACAGUUACUCCUUCAGUGCCUGCUGCCCUUUGGGGGUGAAAUUAUAUAGGCUGGGUCCUAACGGCAUCAGGAUCCAUUGGCAAGCUUCCAGAGGCUCUGCCAAUUACAGCACUGACCUCUAUGGUUCCAAAGGCAUUUUCACAUGUGUCCCGGGUGCUGGCCUCAGUUUCUGUGAUGUCGCUGAGAUUCCCUGUGGAGAUGUGUAUACUGUGAUGGUCUCACCGGUUACUGAAUCAGGACUGAAGCUUACUUUCUGUCCCAAAAAAAUAUAUUCAGUUACCUGCUCUGGAAGUACACUUGGAAUGGGACAUCCUCCCAGCCCUAGAUCCUACCCAAUGCUGACUUCCAUCGGCAGGAGUUGA